AUGCUGUGNCGUAAGUUCCAACCAAAGGGCCCCUUAGUGAAUUCAGAAUUUUAUCCAGGAUGGUUGGACCACUGGGCAGAGGGACACCAGAAGAGAGAGGCGGCAGCGAUUGGAUUGUACCUUGAUAAGAUCCUCGCAAUGAAUGCCUCGGUCAAUUUGUAUAUGUUUCAAGGUGGUACAAGUUUUGGUUUCAUGAAUGGAGCCAAUGGUUAUCAAGAUAGUCGUAAGUUUCAACCACAGCCCACCAGUUACGACUAUGAUGCGCCACUGACAGAGGCCGGCGAUCCGACAACAAAAUACUUUUUGAUCAUGGAGACCAUUGCCAAGUAUGCCUCAGUCCCCCCAGGCCCUGUGCCUCCAGCCACUAAGAAGUUUGCUUAUGGAAAGGUUAUGAUGACCCAGUUCAAUUCUAUUUUUGAUCUGCUAAAAUACCUGACACCAUCCGGACCUGUCCUGUGUUAUGACACUCUCAGCAUGGAGCAGAUUGGACAAAACUAUGGAUUCAUCCUUUAUCGAACUAUGAUUCCCUUAAACGGGUCUGCGGUGAACAUCAGUAUUCCAGGACUGCGCGACAGGGGAAUUGUUUUUGUCAAUCAGGUUCGCCAGGCAACUCUGAUUCGCGUUGGUGGCAAGACCACCGCCACCAUCAAAGUUAAAGCCGGUGCGACCUUGGACAUCCUGGUGGAAAACAUGGGCCGCAUUAAUUAUGGGCCUCAUUUACAAGACCCGAAAGGGAUCCUCGGAGAUGUGACCCUCGACAAUGUGGUCCUUAGAAACUGGAAGAUGUAUCCCUUACACUUAGACCUUGUUGUGGGCAUUGAGAAGUCUCCACAUGCUGCGGUUAAAAACGACGAGGAUAGCAUUCAAAUUCCAACUUUCUACAUUGGUGAAAUUCCUCCAGCACCAGAUGGCAUUCCUAAAGACACUUUCCUCAAUCUUCCUGGCUGGUUUAAGGGUCAAGCUUUCGUCAACGGAUUUAACAUUGGUCGUUACUGGCCCGUUGUUGGACCCCAGGUCACCCUGUUCGUUCCAGCCAGCACUUUGCACCCUGGUAAGGAGAGCAGCGAAUUGGUGCUUUUGGAGCUCGAUAAUGCUCCCUGCAUUAGCCCAGAGGACUGUUUUGUCGAGUUCUUAGAAACACCUGAUAUUAGUGGACCUGUGCGCCCCAUGGCUAGAGAGAAGAUUAUGACCGGCGAAGUUGAAUUGCAAGAAGACUGGACCUCAAAAUACAGGGAUUUUUUACCCUGGUGCACCAAGACGAAACAGCAAGCCGUAGAUCUUCUGAAAGACUGGCCAUGAAUUACGUUGAACCGUAUAAGUGAAAUAAUAUGAAAGCAUGAUAGUAUAUUCCAAUGAAUAAUGAAGGAAACAAUGAAUUCAUUUCUUGCUUUUCUGGCUAAAACUAAGGAUGGGUGAUUUUCCAGUAAGUUAGUAAUACGAGUGCGGUGAAAUUCAAGUUUGUCAUUCUCAUUUCAUCUCAUUCGUCCGUCAUAGCGACCAUUCUUAUUCCUUUCUCAUUUGUUAUUACAUUUGUCGUGUUUUCCCGUCUUUUUAGGCAACUGUUAUUUUGAGAAUUUCGUCCUUUAUCGAUAUAUCAAAACAUGGCUCCUUUUCAGCAAGGGCUGGUAGUGAUUGGUGUGCAGAUGGUCCUUAGGUCCGUACUCAGAUGAAGGAAAGACGAAGAAGAAUGAAUUCAUUCAUCCUCUGUACCUCUUUAAAACAAAUCGUAGCAGAUCAGGGGUUAGGAAAAAGAGGAUUUGAUUACCUCAAAAGAGGAAACGCUUGAAAAAUGCAAUAGAACAUAGUUUUGGAAAUUGUAAUAUUGACUGAAUCAAAUGGUAACGGGUUUUAAAAAUAUUGAUUCAUAAACGUUUUAAGCUUUGUAUCUCGGAAAAAGAAAUUAACAUAAGAUUUAAAAGUAUUGUCUUUUCUUGGGGAAAAAGCUGACGGUGUUUUUUAGAAAUCAGUAGCACAAUGCGAACAGGUAAAAAUGUACAGUAAGAAAAUAAUAGACAUGUAACAUGUCUCCCAUGUAGUCAUAUGUUUUGGUACUUAACUUAAGUGAUAUAAAAAGUCAGUGCUUGAAGCAAUAAAAGUCUUAAACAUUUGAA